AUGACUUAUUAUACUUAUACUGUCAAAUGGCCAUCGAUUAAUCCUGAUGAGAUUAAAUCUAUCCAAAUUACAGGUAAUUUCGAUAAUUGGUCAAGAUCAUUACCAACUCAAACGAUUGAUGAAAUCAAAUCAAAUGACUAUAAUUAUAUUCAAAAGAUUAAAUUAUCUACUAAAGAAAAAUUAGUAUUUAAAUUCAUUGUCAAUGAUUCAAAUUGGAUCACUAAUCAUAAUUUUAAAAUUGAACAUGAUUCAAGUGGGGUUGAAAAUAAUGUUAUUGAAGCUAAUGAAUUAAUUGAAUUCCAUGAAUUUGAACAAGCUGCUGCUGAACCAGAAUCAGUCCCUGCUAUUGUUGCUCCAAUUUUAACUACUUCUGCUGCUACUAAAGAAAUUGAACCUGAAGAAGAAGAAGAAGAAGAACCAACUCAUAUUACUGAAAAGGAUUUACCAAUUGAAUCUCCAGUUGUGGUUGGUAGUAAUGUCGAUGAUGAUAAUAUCAUGUCUGAUAUUGAAACUAAAUCAUCUCCAACUUUAAAAUCUCAAGCUCAAACUAAUAAUUUAACUCAAGUUUUAACUUCUUCAUCAUCAUUUGCUGCUGUUUCAAUUCCGAGUAAUUAUGAUUCUACUCACGAUUAUGAAAAUGUCAAUAAAGAUAUUGACCCUGUUACUGACGAUUUUAGUACUCCAACUAAUUCUGUACUUAAUUCAACAGUAUUAUCAGAAAAGAACACUGCUGCUCCAUCAGUAAAUAAACCAAAUUUAUUAGCUAUAAAUUCAGAAUCAACUUUAAGUAAUACUUCGAAUGUUCCACUUCCAUCAUCUGGAACAGCAGCUACAUCAACCAAUGAUGAAGAACAUGAACAUGAUGAUGUGGUUGAAAUCUUAAAAGCUCCUGGUGGUUAUCCAACUACUCCUGAAUUAUCCAAUAGUAAUCCUCCAACUCCAACUAAAGCUACUUCAUCUAAUUCUGAAAAGGGUAGAAGAGGUGAAAAUCUUAUUUCAAGAUUCAAAAGCUUAUUUAGAUAUUAG